AUGUCAAAUUCCUUUGAAAUUCCUGGGCAGCUAGUAGAUAACUCUCGUACAAGGGAGCUAAGGGCUAAAGUAAAAGAACUGGCUAACGUAUCAAGUUUUCCUGGUGCCCAGCCGGUCAGUUUCACUUACAAUCAUUUACGUGAAUUAGAGAAUGAAAAUUAUUUUGUCUGUGAAAAAUCAGAUGGAAUACGUGUUUUACUUUAUUUAACCGUUGAUAGUCGCACUGGCCAGCCAUGUGUUUAUCUGAUUGACCGCAAGAAUAACUACCAUCAACUUUUUGAUUUAUUAUUUCCUGUUCCUGGAGAUGACAAACAAUUCCAUGAUGGCACUUUAGUUGAUAGUGAACUAAUUGUUGAUGUUGAAGAUGAUGGAAUGCAAACCCAAAAGUUACUUGCUUUUGAUUUGUUGGUGGUAAUGAAAAAGAAUUUAAUGUCUAAACCACUCACUAGUAGAUUGGGCUACCUUCGUGAAUAUGUUAUAGAACCAUACAAAGCCUUGUCAAAUCGUCGUCCGGGACUUAAUGGUUCAUCAUCUUGCUUAAAGGUAGAAGUCAAACCUAUGGAGUUAUCAUACGGUUUAGACAAGGUUUGGAAUGAAACCAUACCAAAACUGAAGCAUAAGAGUGACGGUUUAAUUUUUACAUCAUCAGUAUCACCUUACAUACCGGGAACUUGUGAAAAAAUGUUAAAAUGGAAACCACCAAAUGAAAAUUCUAUUGAUCUUCAAUUACGUCUCGAAGAUAGUCGGAGAUUCGGAUACCAAUAUCAAAAUAGGCCAAAAAGAUUCCUUCUGUAUAAAUGGAUGCAAAAAGAUGAAUAUGCAUAUUUUGAUGAUUUGUAUGUCACUGAUGAAGAAUGGGAUGAAUGGCUACGCAAUGAAGAACCACUUGAAAAUCGUAUAGUCGAAGUGACUUGUGAAACGCUAAAAGACAAUACCACACGGUGGAGGUUUUUAAGGUUUCGUGAUGAUAAACCACAUGGAAAUCAUUAUACAGUGGUAGAAAAAAUACAAGAAAGUAUUAUGGAUGGAAUCAGUAUGGAACAG